AAAUUAUAAUUAUUUUUAAGUAGAAACUACAUCGAAGUGUGCGACUGAGGUCUGCUCGAAUAAAACAUUGCCGAUUGGCAAGAAAUUUUAUUCACAAAAUUUUUUUAGUAAACAAUUUAUCGACUUUUUAACUGUAACUUUUUAUUUAUUAAAUUAUUAAAAUUAAUUAGAUAUGGCUCGUGGACAACAAAAAUUACAAUCGCAAGCUAAAGCAGCUGAAAAAGCGGCGAAAGCGAAAAAACAACAGGGCCACAAUGCUAAUACUCAAAAAAAAGCUGCACAAAAAGCAUUAGUUCAUGUUUGUUCGAUAUGUAAGGCACAAAUGCCCGAUCCAAAAACGUACAAACAACACUUCGAAAAUAAACAUCCAAAAUGUGAUUUACCAGAUGAUCUAAAAGAUGUAUGAAACGAUUUACGAUAUUACGUAAUAAAAGAAAUUCUAUUGUUUUUUUGUUCAAAUUUUCACCAAUACAACUACAGAAACAGUGUUUUUUUGACCAGUUAAUAAAUGUUUUUUCUUUUUAGUUUU